AAAUAGUUUAUUGGUCUCUGGUAAAAAUAAUUACUUAUAUUAAACUAAAAAAAUUGUACGUUUGUAUAAAUUUCAUUUAAUAAAGUAUAAUGCAGUAUUGGACCUAUAACUUAUUAAGAAAAAUAACGAAAUUAGAAUCAAUAAGACAUUUAAGUAAGUCAGUAGACAUGGCAGGACGAAUAGCGGUGUGCCAAAUGACAUCAGUAGGCGACAAGGUCGCUAAUCUUGAUGUGGUGACGAAGCUAGUCAGCGAUGCUGCGAAAGAUAAUGUGCAGAUGAUCUUCUUUCCCGAAGCCUGUGAUUAUAUCUGUGAUAACAAGAAAGAUAUUGUGAAUUUUGCUGAGCCCCUACUGGGCGGCAAUACUAUGGGCAAAUAUAGACAGUUGGCUGCUGAGCAUAAUGUUUGGUUAUCUAUGGGAGGAGUUCAUGAGAAGGACGAAUCAGAUCCAUCAAAGAUGUACAACACGCAUGUGAUAAUAAAUAACAAAGGCGACAUAGUGCAAACAUACAGGAAAUUACAUCUGUUCGAUGUAGAGAUACCGGAGAAGGGAGUUAGACUGAAGGAGAGUGACUUCUCUCAUGCUGGAGGGCAUAUCGUCGCGCCCGUGGAGACGCCUGUAGGGAGGGUGGGUAUGUCGAUCUGCUACGACAUGCGGUUCCCGGAGUUGAGUACAGCGCUGAGUAUAUUACGAGCCGAGAUACUGACGUUCCCUUCGGCAUUCACUCAGACAACGGGCGAGGCGCAUUGGCACGUGUUACUCAGAUCAAGAGCGAUAGAGAACCAAUGCUACGUGAUCGCCGCGGCUCAGGUGGGCCAGCACAACCCCAAGCGCCGCUCGUACGGGCACGCGUUGUGCGUGGACCCGUGGGGCGAAGUGCUAGCCGAUUGUGGGGACUCCGCCCCCUGUUACAAAGUGGCGGAGAUAUCGCCCAAGAAACUAUUAGACGUCAGACGAAAUAUGCCUGUGUUUCAACACAGAAGUUCGCACCUACGGAUUCCGGAGAGCUGUGUGUUUUACAAAUCGAAAUUAAGCUAUGCUUUUGUGAAUUUAAGAUGCGUUACCUCAGGCCACGUGCUCGUAGCUCCAAUAAGAAUGGCCGAGAGGAACAAGGACCUUACGGACGAGGAAGCCGAAGACUUCUACAAAACUAUAAGGCUGGUGCAAAAGCUAGUGGAGAAAGUGCACAACACACAAUCCUGUACGAUUACGAUACAAGACGGACCGGACGCGGGACAGACAGUACAGCACCUUCAUUGUCACAUAAUGCCGAGGAAAAAAGGGGACUUCAUUGAAAAUGAUUUGAUAUAUCUCGAAUUAGCGAAACACGACCAGUUCAAAUCCGGUCAUCCAUCGAAGCCAGCUAGAAGUUUAGAAGAAAGGCAAGCGGAAGCGAAGAGUUUGAGGGAAGAAGUACAGAAGAUGAUAGAAGAAGGUAGAUUAUUAAGUAGAUAAAUUAUAGUGGUAUAAUUUAAUGGAAUUAAUGAUUAUAAUUAAAUAAUUGUAAAGUUGACGUAAAAUGCGAAUAUUUAUUUUGACACAAUGUACUUAGGGAGAAAACAAUGGCGCAAUAAUAUUACGUAAAACAUCAUAUUAUUUCAAUAUAGCAAGUUAAGGAUAAAUAAUAAAUAAAUGAUAAUAUAAUUUU